AUUUACAUUAUUAUAAUUCUAAUCUAAUAGUUCAUUGUUCUUGUCAACUUUUGCAAAAAUAUACAUUUCAUAUAUACAUGUGUAAUAUUGUUCAUUACAAGGUGGCGAAUUCGAAUGAUAAUAGGAGUAGUAGAGAAGACGAUGAAGGGAUUAAUGUGUUUAAUACGAUGUUUCAAGGGAAUAUCAAUAGAGAAGAAGAAAUGUCUGUUAUGGUUUCUGCGUUAACUCAUGUUGUUGUUGGUAAUCAUCAUAGUGAAAAUAUCGAAAAUCAUCAUCAAAAUAAUACCUUGAUUUCUAGGGGUGUUGGAGAAAAAAGAGGACGUGAUGAAGUAUUAUUACAUGAAACUAAUUCUUCUCAUAUGAUAUUAUCAUCAGGUGGUGAAGGUUCAAGCAUUAGGACAACAAGAGAAGCAACACUUAUAUACACUAAUUCAACAAACAAUAGCAUUAUUGAUGAAUCUGGUAAUAAUCAAGUAAGAGGACGAUACAGAGGAGUUAGAGAGAGGCCAUGGGGGAAAUGGGCAGCUGAAAUAAGAGAUCCAUAUAAAGCAGCGCGUGUUUGGUUAGGUACUUUUGAUACUGCUGAAGGAGCUGCUAGAGCUUAUGAUGAAGCCGCUCUUAGAUUUAGAGGUAGUAAAGCAAAACUCAAUUUCCCAGAAAAUGUUACAUUAUUAGUGCCUUCUUCAAUUCAACAAACCCUUUACUCCUCACCCGACCCAAUCGUUUCUCCGUAUCGUUCCAAUUUUAUUAUUGGACAUACCUCUAGGGAACUGGAGCCUAUACUUCACACCAAUCCUUCAAAUUUUAUUGAGCAUUCCUCUACGUACCAGGAGCCUAUAGCUCACACUUCUUCUCUGUAUCGUUCCAAUUUUAUUGAACGGAAUCAUCACAUGGUGCAGCAGGAGCCAUAUUUUCAGGCAGGUAGCACUAGUCGUGGGAGUGAUUUUCAUCAAACUACAAAUUCUUCUAAUUCGUCAAAUUAUGAUCACCCUUCUUCUUCAUCUGGAUAAUUUCUGUUGUACUACUAGAAUAUCUUUUUCAUCUUCCUAGAAGAUUUUGACUAGCUAGUAGUGAUUUUUUUUUUCGAGGAAUGUAUUGGUGGCCACAUAGAUGAGGUCCUUUUAUUUUCCGGCAUAAUACUCUUUCAUUUGAAUUUUGUUGGUAUUCAUGCCCUUCAACUUUACGUGUGCAAUAGUAGAUAUCUAAUCUUAUAUAAAAUUAAACAAAUAGAAAUGCAGGUCUUAUGGAUACAUGUAACACGCCAUAUGUAGGACGCCAGGUAGGAUGUAUGUGUUUAUUUAUUCAAAUUUUAUAUAAAUUUAAGUA